AUGGAGUACGACUAUCAGAUAGCUGAAGGAGAACUCCCUGCACAACCUAACUGCAGUUACUACGGAACAGAUGAUGUAAUAGGGAAAAUGUUCUUGAUCGGUCUAUUCGCCAACCUGAUCGCUGUCACCUCUAUCGUUUUCAACACAUUCUACACGAUCGUCUUCAUUCGGAAUCCUUCGUUAAGACGUAGCGGUGUAUUCUACUUUGGCGUCAUCGCCGUCAUUGACAUCAUCAUGGGCAUCAAUUAUAUCGCUGUUAUGGUUGUUCCAGUCUACAUGGACUACUAUUUCUACCUUCCCCUCUGGCACGUCUUCCUCUCCUACUUUCGAAUCGUGAUGACUGAAUCCAACUGUGCCAUGUUCGCCUCGAUGCUGAUGAUCGUGUUGGCAACGACAGAACGGUUUUUGAAGACAUUCGACGGGAAAACUAUAUCAGUUUGUCGGAAGUUUCUAGAGAGAAAUCGGUAUGGAGUCAGUGCGUUCUGUAUCUUUUUGGCUUGCGCUUACAAAUAUGUCAUUUAUUACGAGCUUGACGUGGAACAUCACCCGCAUUGCACGGAAUUCCAAGAAUACGAAAUAAUCCCUGGCCCUUAUGCAAUGGACCCCAACUAUCGUUUCUAUUUCAUGUUUCUCCUCCGUAACACUCUCGAUCGAAUCCUUCCGUUUCUUGUUCUUCUCACGAUGAAUGUGUUGAUUGUGAAGGCGUUGAAAGAGGACGAGAGACUAAAACUGCAAAAAGAAUCGGUCGUGAGUAAUGGGAAGACGGUGAACUUGAAAUCGCAUCGACGGAAUGUGAAAGACGCGACAAGGGCAUUGAUCAGUCUCGUCUCCAUCUAUCUUUUGUCGCAAUCUCUUCAGGUCUUUCUGACUGUCUGGGAGACCAUCAAUCGAUCAAGUCUUGAGGAUGGCUUCCCAACAAUGUACUCGUAUCUCAAUGAUAUCGUUUCGAUUUUCACUUUGUUGGCAAGUUGUCUCCGCUUCCCAAUUUACUUUUGCUGCAAUCGCUUAAUUCACACUGCUUCAAUCGAUACUCUUCAUGGAAUGAGAAUCACUUGUUUCAUGGGAAACUCCAAAAAACCACAGGAAUACUCACCGAUUCAUGGUAUUCCGAAUUCUUUGGAGUGUGGUGGAGCAGUGGAUGGGGGAUCGAAGACGUCGUUGAGCUCACCGGAAAGCAUUUCCAAACCAUCGGCUGUUUAUGAUGAGAAACUUCAGGAGUGGAGAUUAUAA